GCGUGUUUUGGUGAAUUAAUUCGGUAAAUCCAUGACUUACACUGGGGCAGUGGAGUUAUCUACAAGGAUAAGAUGUAUGAUUGCUGUGAUAAUGACAUUAGCAUACUGUGACCAGGUAGGUCGGGAUCAAUCUUGUUAGACAAGGCUAAAAGCUGCACAUUCAGACACUUCACAGUCCAUGGCGAGCUCACGUCAGCAAAAAGCACCAACAGCAUCCCAUCUCUCUCUCUCUCCCACUCUCUCGCUCUCCAAUCUCUCUCUCUCUGUCUCCCACUCUCUCUCUCUCUCUCCAACUCUCUCUCCCCCACUCUCUCUCUCUCUCACUCUCUCUCUCCCACAGACGCAAAAAUGGUCGAGAUGGUCCAAAACCAAGGCUAAUGGUGCACUGAUGUGAACGCAGCGUCGCAGCGUGUGUGUGAGUGUAUGAGAGAGAGAGAGAGAGAGAGAGAGAGAGAGAGAGACGGUGUGUUUUCUCCUUUCACAUCCCCGUGCUGUGUGGCUGAAGACGUCAACAUCCGCCACAGCGAGCCUUCGUGUCGGACUCCGGCGGGAUUCAGGGCUUCACCUCGGUCAGUAGAAACUGAGAGCAGACCUAGCCGAGUUGUAGAGACGUUUCCACAGCGUGUCAGUCGGAUUUACCGACCUCACAGAGUCAAGCGGAUAAACCGAGACACUUAUUUGUUCAGGUUUGGACCGAAUUCUCUUUAAAAAAAAAAAAAAAAAAAGAAAGAAAGAACGAAAGAAAGAAAAAAAAAAGAAAAGAAAAGCUGACAGGAUUGUUCUCGCGUGCGUCUCUGUGUUGAUGUUUUUGGAUGUCUCGUGCUGACCGGAAGCACCACUGGGAUGGAGAUGACACAUUUCUUUCUGUGUAAUGAUGCUGUUUUUAAACAAACCGGCGAUGUUGUUGUUGUUGUUGUUAUUUAUUUUUUUAUUUACGCGUGCGUGUUAAAACGUUUCAGUAAUGCCUGAGACAACAUUGUAAUCUCCGCUUUGUUGUAUUUUCCUGUCGAAUUGAGUUAAAAAGCAAGUGGACUCAUUGGGUUUUUGACAUCUUGACAUUAUCACAGCUGAAUAUUUCUACAGUAAUAUAGACUACUCCAUCAGGACUUGGAGAUUUCUCUCCAGGACUUGUUUCAUUGUCAGCCCCGCAGUCAUUAGGAGUCAGUGUGCUGUUGUGAAUUAACGUCGUCUAACGAGUGUCGUUAUAGAGGGGGAACAAGAAGAAGAAGAAAAAGAAGAAGAAGGAGAAGAAGAAGAGGCAAAGCUCAUUUCCGGUGUGUCAAUCAGUCGUGGCGGUUUUCUCUUGAGGGAUGAAAGUAAAAGCUCCAUCACUCUGAAAGGCUGGACUUGUUUUCCAUUAAAGACCUCGCGCAGGAGAAAAGGGCGGGAAACUUGGCGCUGUCAUCACGCGCUUCUUUCACGCGCAUCCUCUGCCUUUCUGCGUUUCUCGUCCAGGCUCCUGAGUUUCGGCUGUAAUCAUGGAUCUUAGAGGCGAAAACGACGACGACAACGUGGACUGCGAGCGACCGGCGCCCAUUGAAGUUUUCGCCAGUAGGUCCACUCUUCACGGCAUCGCCCACAUGUUCACGUACGAGCGGCUGUGCGUGAGGCGCUGCCUGUGGAUUAUCUUCUUCACCGGCUCGCUCUCCUUCCUCGUGUUCGUGUGCGCGGACCGCGUGCGCUUCUACCUGCAGUAUCCGCACGUGACCAAGCUCGACGAGAUCUCGAUCCCGUUGAUGACCUUCCCCGCCGUGACCUUCUGCAACCUCAACUCCUUCCGCUUCAGCCGCGUCACGCGCAAUGACCUGUACCACGCGGGAGAGCUGCUCGCGCUGCUCAAUGGCAGAUAUGAGAUUCGGGACACUCACAUGGUAGAGGAGAGCGUCCUGGAGACCCUGAAAGUCAAGGCUGACUUCCUGACCUUCAAACCGCGACCCUUCAACAUGCGCGAGUUCUACGAUCGAACGGGCCACGACAUCAAGGACAUGCUGCUCUCCUGCUACUACCGCGGGGACAAGUGCAGCGCUGAGGACUUUAAAGUGAUCUUCACUCGAUAUGGCAAAUGCUACACAUUCAACUCUGGCCAGGAUGGACAGCCACUGCGCGUCACCACGAAAGGGGGUAUGGGCAACGGCCUGGAACUAAUGCUGGACAUUCAACAGGACGAGUACCUGCCAGUGUGGGGAGAGACAGAUGAGACGUCUUUUGAAGCCGGCAUCAAAGUGCAGAUCCACACUCAGGACGAGCCGCCUUUCAUUGAUCAGCUGGGAUUCGGAGUGGCGCCAGGCUUUCAGACGUUUGUGUCUUGCCAGGAGCAGAGGUUGACCUACCUGCCCCCUCCAUGGGGCGACUGCAGGUCCGAGCCCAUUGACUCGGACUUCUUUACCACCUACAGCAUCACUGCGUGCCGCAUCGACUGUGAGACGCGCUACCUGGUAGAGAACUGUAACUGUCGCAUGGUUCAUAUGCCCGGAGAUGCUCCAUACUGCACGCCGGAACAGUAUAAAGAGUGUGCAGAUCCAGCUUUGGAUUUCCUGGUGGAGAGAGACAAUGAUUACUGUGUGUGUGAAACACCCUGCAACAUGACGCGCUACGGCAAAGAGUUGUCCUUCGUCAAGAUCCCCAGCAAGGCUUCAGCCAAAUACCUGGCCAAGAAGUUCAACAAGACAGAGCAGUACAUUGCGGAUAACAUCUUGGUUCUGGAUAUCUAUUUUGAGGCUUUGAACUAUGAGACUAUUGAGCAGAAAAAGGCCUAUGAGCUGCCUGGAUUACUGGGUGAUAUUGGUGGUCAGAUGGGUCUUUUUAUCGGAGCCAGUAUUCUGACAGUUUUGGAGCUCUUUGACUAUCUUUAUGAGGUGAUCAAGUACAAGCUGUGCCGCUGCAGGAAGCAGAACCAGAAACGCAGCAACAACAACGACCGAGGAGCCGUGCUGAGCCUGGACAACGUGCAGUGCCAUCCUCCCUGUGAAAACCUGCGCACUCCCUCUACGUAUCCGGCCAACAUCCUACCUCACCAUCCAGGGCAGGGCAACUUCGAGGACUUCACCUGCUGAGUGAGUGAGAGUAGAGUUGGACUCCAGCUCACAGUGUACAACCAAAGCCGUCUGACUACAUCCUCACGAACACCCACCCAUCCCGGACCACACCGAAUCGAUUUUGGCUGGAUGUUUUAACGCACCGCAUUGUGUCAUGUAAAAUAAAAGGAACAUUGAAACCAUGAAAGACUAUUUUACUGUUCCAUAACACAACCAUGUGUGUACUUUUAAAGGAUUUUUGGAACACUGCCUCAAAAGGGAACUCCUUCUUGACGAAGCCUCUGAGACAUGGAACAGCGCAGCUCAAACGGACAGGCUUCCUGUGGGCGGAGUCCCCUGCCUUUACUGUAUAUAACAGCGGAUAUACACCGUCGUAACUGAGUGGCUUAAUUAGAUUGUUAGAAAUAAUGUAGUGCUUAAUCCAUGUAGCAGCAUUCGUGGUGACUGAUGGACUCCAGUGAUGUUCCGCUCACGAUCAGUGUGUCUCAUUUAAGAAUGUAUUUUUCCAACUGACAGGAAACGAUCAACUGUUCGUGGUGACGGAAACUGCGUUCAGCAGUCUAUUGUUCCAUCCAGCUCUCAUCUCGUGACUGCAUGCUUGUAUUCGUCUUCCUGUGCAUGUUUUCAGUUCUUUUCAGUAACCAUUCUUAUUAUUGCCAAGUUUGCCUCAAUUAUAUAUGGGUGUGGGUGUGUGUGUGGUGUUUGGGUGCCUUAACCCUACAACUGUGUGUACUAUGUGUGAUUGGAUUAAUCAUGUGUGUCCUCUGCCUGAGGGGUGUGCGUGUGUGUGUGCUAGAUAUGAUGUGUAUGAUAAUGACAUGACGUGUGUGUGUGUGUGUGUGUGUGUAUGGUUUGCUGCUUAUCAAUGAAUUAUUCUCUCUGUUUCACUUCUGUGAGAUGAUUAUUAUUAUUUUUCAGAAUGAUCACUGUUUCAAACCUCAUAUCGAAGCACAAGACCACCAUUAUGUAAAAGCUGAAGAAAAAGAAAGGCAGGAUCAUAUUCUUUCAGAGACUAUGAUCAUCAUGAUAAUCAGAAUCGUUAUUAUAACUCUAUUAUUCCGAUUUUCGUUUUUCUAUGACCAAAAAAAAAAAAAAGUAGACUUGUUGCCUGAUAGUCCAGUCGCCAUCUUUACAGAUAUUAGACUGUUCUAUUUAUCUAUGAAGGUAUAAUAAAUAUCAUUGAGAGUUUUA